AGAAAGAUGGCGGACCGCAGGAUAAGCGGACCAGGGACCCAUCUCUUUCACAAAGUCCCACUGAAAAAUACCGUUUUGGUCAGGGUUUUUGUCCUUUUCACCGUUCUUUUGGCUGAGCUCGGUGGCGCUACCACCCACUGGGUUGUCACAGAAGAUGGAAAAAUUCAACAGCAAGUGGAUUCCCCCCUUAACCUGAAACAGCCACACAACCUUGUCACCUUCAUGCAGCAGGAGCAACGUGUCAACUACCUCAAGGAGCUGGAGAAGCAGCUUGUUGCUCAGAAGAUCCACAUUGAGGAGAACGAGGACAGGGACACGGGGCUGGAGCAGCGGCACUACAAGGAGGACCCAGACUGUGUGAUGGCCAGGGUCCCCCUUGGGGACCUGGACCUGUACGACGGCACCUACAUCUCGCUGGAGAGCAAAGAUAUCAGUCCUGAAGACUACAUCAAUCCCAGAUCCCCUCUGCCGCCAGACCUGGAGGAGCCAGAUUGCAGCAAAGUUCUUGAGUUGCCGUACAGCAUUCAUGCUUUCCAGCACCUCAGAGGUGUACAGGAGAGGGUCAACCUGACGUCCCCACUGCUUUCCAAGGAGGACCCCAUCUUCAGCUCCCUGUCAAACAAGCUGGGCCGCAGCAUGGACGAGGUGGGCCAUCGGAUACAGCAGGGCCUGCUGCGGAACUCCUCCUCGUGGGUACUGUACAACCUGGCAUCCUUUUAUUGGCGCAUGAAGAAUGAGCCCAAACAGGCAGUGGACUGUGCAGUCCGGGCACUGCAUUUCUCCCCUAGGCAGCACAAGGAUGUGGCACUGGUGAACAUGGCGAACGUCCUGCAUCGUGCGCACUUCUCUGCUGAUGCUGCCGUCCUGGCACAUGCUGCCCUGGACCUCACCUCUGACCUCCUCACCAGCCACUACACCCUGGGCAACAUCUACGCUAUGUUGGGAGAGUACAACCAUUCAGUGCUGUGCUAUGAUCAGGCGCUACAGGCCCGGCCAGGUUUCGAGCAGGCACUCCGGCGCAAGCAUGCUGUCCUCUGCCAGCAGAAGCUGGAGCAGCGGCUGGAGGCGCAGCACCGGUCCCUGCAGCGCACCCUGAAUGAACUGAAGGAGUACCAGAGGCAACAUGAUCAUUACCUCCGCCAGCAGGAGGCGCUGGAGAAGGACAAGCUCAUCCAGGAGGAGCAGAUUCUGCGCAACAUCAUCCAUGAGACACAGAUGGCCAAGGAGGCACAACUGGGGAACCACCAGAUGUGCCGCUUGGGGCAGCAGCAGAAGCACAGCCUGUUCUGUCCAUUCGACUUGCCAGUGCGCUAUCACCGUGGUGACCUGUUUGAGAGCAUCCACUACAUCCAGUUUGGAGAGGAGGUAUCAGUGGCCAGCAGCAUGGCUCUGAGCUCAGAGAUGAGCUUGAACAACACGCGCAGCCCCCAGCCCUACUCCUCCAUCUCUGGAAGCGAUGACACGAGUGCCUUUUGGGGUAGAGAGUCGGGUUCAGCAGCGGAGCACCAGGCAUUGCUGUGGCCCAGGAGGGCUGACUGUGCUCAGCAGUUCCCUGCCGUGCCUCCACCCCAUCUGUUGCCCACCUUCUACCUCAUACCUGAGACACGCGGCUUUGGGCUUCAGAGCGUGCUGUACGAGGACCCCUCCCUUCUUACCACUGGCCCCCCCCCAGACUGUGGCCCCGACCCCCAGCCUCUCCCUGGGAGCCUGCCUGAUACGGUGGACCGGGAGUUGGAGGUGGAGGGACUCCCUGAUUCUCAUGCUGCUCAGGUGUUGAGGUCUCGCAGUGGAGGUCUGGGUUUGGAGCAAACUGGAGCCCUCAUUGCCCGGGCAUUUAAGAAGUUCAGCGCCCCCCUGUGGCUGGUGCAGAAUGAGGCAGGUCUAUUUUGGCGUGCAAAAGGAAACGGCACUCAAGCUCUGUCCUGCAUGCGUCACGCCCUCCGCACCGCCCCACCCCAGCACCGCGACCUGCCAUUGGUCAAUGCCGCCAACCUGCUGUUGCACUAUGGGCUGUCAGAGAAGGCGGGGCAACUGCUCCAGGAGGCGCUGGCUCUCAACUCCUCUGAGCCCCUGUCUCUGCUUAGCCAGGUCAGUGUCCAGCUGUCCCAGGGGAAGGUGAGGGGAGCACUGAGUGUCUUCCGUCACGCCCUGUCUCUCCAGGCCAUCUGCACCCACUGCCGUGCCAGCCUCCCCCUCCUGCGAUGCCUCCAGUUCUACCCCUUCCUGUACAACCUGACACACCUGCCCUGCCCGCAAGGCUCCACCUGUGUGGGAGAGGAAGACCUGGAGCUCCAGUCAGAAGAGGGUGAGACCCAUGUCCUGGAGCCCCUCAGUCCACUGGAGAAUGGGGAGACAGGCGCUGCCAUCCAGCCCCUAGGCGUGUCAGCCAUGGAAGACUCCCUCUUGUUUGAGACGGUGGUAUUGGACAGCAAUGGCUCAGGAGAGGCAGGGUCACAGGAGCGAGGUGGGGAGAGGAAAAGAGGAAGAGGAGGAGACAGAGAAGAUGACUGGAAGGAAGAGCUGAUGGGGGCCUUUGAGGGUGCUCUGGACGUUGGGGGCAGGCGGGGCGACCUCAGGGGCAUCCGCGUGCUGAAGAAUGAUGGCAUUGCAGGAGGAAGAGGUGGUGGGCCCUGCUUCGGGAACUGUGAGGACGAUGAGGGCGCAGAGUGGAUUACGUUCCAGGUGAAGCGGGUGCGGAAACCCAAAGAUGAGUCUUCAGACAGAGGGGGUAGUGAAGACGUCGGCCAACAGGGGGCGCCAUCACCCGGGCAGUCCAUCCUGGAGAUCAGCGGCCCUACCAUCCCCUCCCCUGGGCCCUCAGGUCGCUGGCGGGACUACGCAAGUCUGGGCUGGCCAGGGCCUGAGGAGUGCCAGCGCAUGCGGAGGGUGGAGCUGGGCACUGUAGCCAGCACCUGGCUGGCUGUGUCUGCCAAGAACAUUGACAUUACGGAGCACAUUGACUUCGCCACACCCCUGCAAGAGCCUGCAGUUGAGCCUGUCUGCAGUGCCAACCUGCCCGCCAGCAUGCACACUCUGGACCACCUGAGUGGUGUUGCCAACCGGGCGGGCAUCCACUACACUGGGGAGAGCCAGCUGCGUGAGGUGCUGCAGAACCUGGGCAAGGAUAAGUUCUCCCCUCAGUCCUUUGAGCAAGUAGGCACCCGGAUUGCCAAGGUGCUGGAAAAGAACCAGACGUCCUGGGUGCUGUCCAGUAUGGCUGCACUCUACUGGAGGGUGAAAGGUCAGGGCAAGAGGGCCAUCGACUGCCUGCGCCAGGCCCUCAACCAUGCCCCGCACCACAUGAAGGAUGUCCCCCUCAUCAGCUUGGCAAACAUCUUCCAGAAUGCCCGACUCUGGGAGGACGCGUUGACCGUGGCCCGUAUGGCUGUGGAGAUUGCCCCGCACUUCGUUGUCAACCACUUUACCCUUGCCAACGUGUACAUCGCCAUGGAAGAAUUUGAGAAGGCCAUGCUGUGGUACGAGUCCACCCUGAAGCUGCAGCCAGAGUUCGCCCCGGCCAAGGACCGCCUCCGGACCAUCCAGUGCUACCUGCUCACCAAGAAGGAGCGGCGCUCCCCCUAGGUUGGCCAAGGGGGGAAGUAAUGGCACAGGGACAAGACCAGAGACACACAUACACAUGCAUGCUGUCACACAGCAUUCGCUUGUUCAGUAGCUGGCAUCUACAGUUCCAAAGUCAAAGGUCACCCAAUUAUCAUAUCUCUUACAAUCAAUGGAAUUGGACAGACACACCUAUGUGUUUUUCUUUUACAUGGUCAAAGUGUGACUGUAAUUUCCUCCCCUCACAAUCUUCUUUGAAAUCAUCAGAUCCUUUCCCCAGGUGGAAAGCGGCUGCUUUUUAACAGAAGCUUUUUUUUUAAAUCAUUGUGUCGUCAAUUCAAGCAAUAAAUUUCCUCUGAGGGUAGUGCAACCCCCCAGGGUGGCGUGGGGCAGCAUGAGGGAAGCCCCCCUGGAACAAGUUCUGAACCCCAGUCACUGCUGUCAUUUCUCCUCUCUUCAUUAGGGAGUGGUGGGGACCUUUAACAUAGGUGAGGUUUGUCAAUGCCACAAGUGUGGCCCAGAUCUGACAGUGUUCUUUUAGUGUGGUUCAGUCAAUGGCCGUACUUCAAAAAAAUAUUCAAAAGAUGUUGUUCCAGACCAAAGUAUGUGGGGAAAUUCAAAUCCGUAGGUAUUCUUUUUAGGGGGGAAAACAGAAAAGAAAGAAUUUUUGAAAGACAAUCCAGAUAUUUGCCAUGGUUCUUUUAAUUUGCCGUGGUUCUUUGAAUUUAAUGCUUUAAUUUAAUGGAAAUAAUUUACAGUUUGAUUUGGAAAAGUUCUCAGAAAGUGUUGCUUAAUACAAUGGUAAGGGUUAGAGAGAUGAGACUUGGUACAUGAUUGUAGGGGUCACGCUAAUCUUGGUGAUGUGUUUGCUCACAACAAAAUGUUUUCAUUUUUGCUGCUCUGAAAACAAAUAUGUAUCAUGUUGUGUUUCAUUUUGGACCAUUCCUUUCAAAU